GGUCAAGAUCCAUCGUGGUCCAACGGGUUGAUGGCCGAGGAAACAGAGAGGAAGGAUAGAAGUGGAGUACUGUGGCUGCGGGUGCGGAGCAUUUUAAGAGGCAGGCGAGAUUAGCUUCGGGAAUCAAGGUAUUCGGAGAUGGAGUGGUGGCGGAGGAUGGUAAAGAGGAGCAGUGUACCGGCGGCUGCGGAGAAAGAGAAACGGAUGAAGGACGGAGGUGGAUUCGUACAACUCCAUGAUGCCAUACAAACGUGCGAGUAUAAGGACAUAUUGGUGAUGUGGGAGAUGCUCCAAAAUCCACAUACAGAAUUGAUACAAGAUUCAAAGCCUAAACAAGCAGACUGCAAGAUUAUUGUGACCUCAUCACAGCAUUAGCUAAUCCAUGCAUGCUUGGAUGGUCCAUAUAAUUAAUAAGGAAGCCAUGGAGGGGCAUAUGAAAUGUUUUAUUAACUCCCACUAUUUUUGAUGGCAUGUACAUAGGAGAAACAUGUUGAUCAUGUCAUGUUGGAUGCAUGGUUACAUGGAUGAGGGUUACUUGUUAUUUGUUACUAUGUUUGAAGAUGCAACCAUUAUUAAAAUAUAUGGUUUUAAAAAGUAAAUGACAAUGAAAAUGGAAAUAAGAAAGGGAUUUGUGAUAUAUUAUUAAGAAGUU